UAGCUUUUGAUUGUACUUUAGUUGGAACAAAUUUCGCGGCAAGUGUUUUAGUGAAUAUGCGGAAUUGUUGAGUAGUGCAUCAGCCAUUUUUGCGAAAAGCGUUUGUCUAUCUCUGCCAUGGUGAAUGAUACCAUCGACAUUGCCUCGCAUAUUUUAGAUUUUAAUUUUGACUCUUCCGUGACACAACAGCAACAACAACAACAAAAACAACAAGAAACGUUACAACGUUCCGCUAGUAAUAAUACACUCAGAAAAAAUCAACAGAGAGUGCAUCAAAAAUUAGCAAAACAGGAUCAACAGGACAAGCGAAAUUCUGUGAAUCUACAAAUUCUACCCAGCAGCGCUGAGAAUUUAAGCUGGACAUUUUUCGAUCAAGUCUCUACUUUGGACAAUCAAUUACGCGGCGAUGAAGAG